GGGCGAGACGUCAGAAGGAGCAGGGCGCGGCGUUAGAAGGAGCCCGGGAGCUCGCUGGAAGCAUGUCUCCAUAGCGGUCCUGCUCUGCGCGCCCUUUUGCUGCGCAGCCCCCAGCCGGGAAGGGCCGCCGCCGUGCAGCAUGGGGAGCUGCUGGCUGCGCCUCGCCGCGCUGCUUGCCCUGGGUGUCCGUCCCAGCCAGGAGUACCAGGGAUCGGGAUAUUCACCCCUUGAAGAUGAUGAAGAUGUGUAUGCACGCAGUAGAUAUAAAGAAACACCAUGGUGCUCCCCCAUUAAAGUGAAACAUGGUUAUGCAAACUGCAGGACACCUCAAGGGGAAUAUUAUAAGAAUGUAUUGGGGACAAGAUGUGAUAUUCGUUGUCAAAAAGGCUAUGAACUGCAUGGCCCUCAGCAGCUUAUUUGUCAAUCAAGCAAACGCUGGUCUGGGAAAGUGCUGUGCAAACAAAAGCGCUGCCCCACUCUGUCCAUGCCCACCAAUGGGGGCUUCAAGUGCUUAGAUGGUGCCUACUUUGACUCGAGGUGUGAGUACUACUGUUCACCAGGAUACCAGCUGAAAGGUGACCGUAUAGUAACGUGCAUGGACAACAAAGUAUGGAGUGGCCGGCCAGCAUCCUGUGUUGAUACUGAACCUCCAAGAAUCCAGUGCCCAAGUGUGAAGGAAAAAACUGCAGAGCCCAACAAGUUGACAGCCAGAGUGUUCUGGGACACCCCCGAGGGACGGGACACUGCUGAUGGGAUUUUGACAGAUGUUAUAUUGAAAGGCUUGCCACCAGGGUCCCAUUUUCCAGAAGGCGACCACAAAAUCCAAUAUACUGUGUUUGACAGAGCUGAAAAUAAAGGCACUUGCAAAUUUCUUGUUAAAGUCAGAGUCAGGCGCUGUGUGAAAUUAAAUGCCCCAGACAAUGGCUACAUCAAGUGUUCAGGUGAUGGAAAUAACUAUGGUGCUACAUGUGAGUUCUCCUGCAUUGGUGGCUAUGAGCUACAAGGAAGCCCAGCUAGAGUAUGCCAGUACAAUUUGGGGUGGUCAGGAGUGGAGCCAAGCUGUGCACCCAUGAAUCUUAAUGUGAAUGUGAGGACAGCAGCAGCACUUCUCGAUCAAUUUUAUGAGAAGCGAAGACUGCUAAUUAUUUCAACUCCUACUGCAGCCAACUUCUUCUACAGGUUGCAGUUGGGAAUGCUGCAGCCGGCACAGUGUGGGUUAGACCUCCGCCAUGUUACUGUAGUUGAAUUGGUUGGUAUCUUCCCAGCACAGAUAGGAAGAAUAGGUGUAAAGCUGCUGCCCCCAUCACUUGCCCUGCAACUCAGGCUGCUGUUAAGGAUCCCCCAUUACAGUUUCAGCAUUGUAGUGAUGGACAAGCACGGAAUGGACAAGGAACGCUAUCCUUUCCCAGCAACCCCAGCUGAGCUAUUUGCACUUAUUGACAAUUUUCCUCUGAGAAAAGAAGAGAUGAAGCUGCAAGCAGAAAUUGGCCAGUCGUGUCCCUAAUUCAGGGUUGUAGGGCUUGCAGUUUUCAGUGAACCUUUUUUUUUAAGCCCACAUAAUUCUCCUUUUGGUGCUACACAAAGCAUGGCUUUUUAAUCACUGACGUAAUGAUUUUUUGUGUGUGUUAAGUCGGUCUGGCUGUGUAGCUACUCUGCACAGAAAUAUACAUGGUGCUUUCAUGGUGCUUUUUUUGUACUUUCAGCCAUCUUGAGAUAAAUGUGUACGUAGGAUUGCUAUCAUUGGAAUUUCUUGUACAGAGAGUGAAGAACUGAGGCACUGUUCUGGGAGUUUAUUUUGGAUUUUUCAUCCAGUGUAAAAUUAGGGUUUCUUUCUUACUGUUUGUAAGUCUUUUUAUUAAUAAAAUAUUGUUUUGCAAACACA